GAAGCACAGACUUCCCUCCCGCCUCAGCAGUUCUGAAAUCAGCCCUGAGCAAUAGCUGUGCCCACUGGUCGCUUCCUAUUUGGCCCAGAGGAGGGGGCAGCUGGGGCCAGCAGUGUCAGAAGCCCAGGGGUGAGGCCACUCUCUUAGGGAAGGAGGAAGGAGGGUCAAGUUAGACACCUCGAGGACUGUGCUCCCAGAAGGCAGCCACCCCUCCCUCCUCAUCUGCUGGAGCUUCCACCACCGACCUGUCUGGCGGGCAGGGCCAGGUCUGGGCAAGUUGGAGGGGGCGGGAAGCAGCACCCAGGUCCCCGCCCUGUUUCCAGCACCCAGGCCUCUUGAAGCCCUUGCCUGGGCUCCCACAGGCCCUAGGCAGGGACACGGAGGGCCCUGGGGUGACCUCCACCCCCACCUCCACUCCAUCCGGAGAAGAAAGAGUCCCACAGUUGGGCUCUGCAGGCCCUGUGAUGUCACCUGGUGGUCUGUGAAGCGCCCACCAUGGCCCGGUCCCUGACUUGGGGCUGCUGUCCCUGGUGCCUGACAGAGGAGGAGAAGACUGCCGCCAGAAUCGACCAGGAGAUCAACAGGAUUUUGUUGGAACAGAAAAAACAAGAGCGCGAGGAAUUGAAACUCCUGCUGUUGGGGCCUGGUGAGAGCGGGAAGAGUACGUUCAUCAAGCAGAUGCGCAUCAUUCACGGUGUGGGCUACUCGGAGGAGGACCGCAGAGCCUUCCGGCUGCUCAUCUACCAGAACAUCUUCGUCUCCAUGCAGGCCAUGAUAGAUGCGAUGGACCGGCUGCAGAUCCCCUUCAGCAGGCCUGACAGCAAGCACGCCAGCCUAGUGAUGACCCAGGACCCCUAUAAAGUGAGCACAUUCGAGAAGCCAUAUGCAGUGGCCAUGCAGUACCUGUGGCGGGACGCGGGCAUCCGUGCAUGCUACGAGCGAAGGCGUGAAUUCCACCUUCUGGACUCCGCGGUGUAUUACCUGUCACACCUGGAGCGCAUAUCAGAGGACAGCUACAUCCCCACUGCGCAAGACGUGCUGCGCAGUCGCAUGCCCACCACAGGCAUCAAUGAGUACUGCUUCUCCGUGAAGAAAACCAAACUGCGCAUCGUGGAUGUUGGUGGCCAGAGGUCAGAGCGUAGGAAAUGGAUUCACUGUUUCGAGAACGUGAUUGCCCUCAUCUACCUGGCCUCCCUGAGCGAGUAUGACCAGUGCCUAGAGGAGAACGAUCAGGAGAACCGCAUGGAGGAGAGUCUCGCUCUGUUCAGCACGAUCCUAGAGCUGCCCUGGUUCAAGAGCACCUCGGUCAUCCUCUUCCUCAACAAGACGGACAUCCUGGAAGAUAAGAUUCACACCUCCCACCUGGCCACAUACUUCCCCAGCUUCCAGGAAGGAGCAAGUUUACUUGGAGUGCUGGCUGAUUUCAAUUUUCUUCACCAUUUUCCGGAGGGAGGCACCAUAGCAGGACCCCGGCGAGACGCAGAGGCCGCCAAGAGCUUCAUCUUGGACAUGUAUGCGCGCGUGUACGCGAGCUGCGCAGAGCCCCAGGACGGUGGCAGGAAAGGCUCCCGCGCGCGCCGCUUCUUCGCACACUUCACCUGUGCCACGGACACGCAAAGCGUCCGCAGCGUGUUCAAGGACGUGCGGGACUCGGUGCUGGCCCGGUACCUGGACGAGAUCAACCUGCUGUGACGCGGGACAGGGAACCCCAAGCGCGACGCGGUCGUGGCGAGGACAUACCUCCCCCUGGUGGCCGCGCGUGGAACUGCAGGUCCAGGAGCUGCCAAGUGGGGAAGCCAGCCCACAGGGAGAGAGUCCCUGCUUCCUACUGGGCCCCCAAGCCCAGCUCCCCUGUAAUUUAUUCCCUCGCCCUUCUUCUAGUUGUUGGAGAAAGGACAUGAGCCGGGUCUUUAACCCCAGCGCUCCGGAGGCAGAGGCAGGAGGAUUUCUGUGAGUUCCAGGACCAUGUUUUCAAAAACAAACAAAACCGGAUAGAACUGUCCGGGACCUUGUGACUUCCCAGGGGCCCUGUUCACAUCUUCCUGUGGGGACCAUUUCAUCUUACCAAAGGGGAAACCGAGGUCGGCAAGAUGGCUGGUGAGAGUGCCUUGCCACCAAGCCUGACAACUGGACUUCAGGACCUGUUCAGUGGACAGAGAGAGGGAGCGGAGUCCUAGGAGAAGUUCUCUAUCUCCUCAGGCGUGCAUGGUGGUGACACACCUACCCACACAGAUAAAUAAAUGUAAUUUAAAAACAAA